GUCCAUAUUGUGACACUUUGUUCACUCGCACACUACACAACUCUAUAUCUAGAUCUAUACUAUUUGUGGUUCUUAGUUUAGUUUGAAUUUCGCCUACUCCACAAUGCUUGAAGACAUCGUCUCAGCGCUCACGGCCUACUGGUGGAUGUGUCUGAUCCUGCUCACCCUCACCACCUUGUUCUACCUACACAAUCCCCCACCCAACUCCCCUCCCUCCCCUGGUCUAGCCCUACCUGUGAUCGGACACCUGUAUUUGCUGGGGAAAGAUCCACGGGAGAUCUUCAGAUCUUGGGCUCGACGACACGGCAAUGUGUUUCACCUAAAGCUGGGUGCGGCUUCUUUCGUUGUACUCAACGACGUGAAGACCAUCAAAGAGGCAUUCGUCAAACAGGCGGACAUUUUCUCUAACCGGUCCACGAAAGAUUUCAUUGCCAAGUACGUACCGCGAAGAACCAAUGGCCUGGCUUUGUCGUCUGGGUCGGUUUAUAAAGAACUGAAGUUAACGUCCAUGACUAUUUUAAAGAAUUUAGGCAUGGGGAAGAACAUUCUGGCGGAAAAAAUCUCCGAGGGCGUGGUUGUUUACCUGCAAGAGAUUACUGAACUGAAAGGUAUAGCCACAAAUAUACGGCCCCUGACGGAUAUUUGCGUAGCCAACAUAAUCUGUUCUAUGAUAUUCGGUAAAAAAUUUGAUUUCGAUGAUCCGAUAUUUAACAGAUUGCUGGAUCUCAAUCACCAAUUUGUAAUCGCUUUUAGAUCCACCUCUAUUUGUAACUUUUUCCCAUUUUUGCGUUAUAUUCCGUUUGAUCCAUUUAAAGGGAGGAGUCUCCCGCUUUUAAAGGAAGAAAUCGGUUCGUACACACAAAAAAUCGUGACCCAGUUUGUUGAGGAGUUCGACCCACAGAACACUGAUUACUUCAUAGCGGCGUUUCUGGCCGAUAUCAAACAAAAAACCCACCUCGGCCAGGCGACGCUCCUGGAUCUGGAAAAACUGAGCGUGGCCGUGGAGGAUUUGUUCGCGGCAGGGGCGGAGACGACCAGCACGACGGUCGUGUGGGCCAUGCUGUACUCCUUACACCACCCGCACAUCCAGGACGCCAUCCACCACGAGCUUCUCCAGAACGUCGGGGUCAGCCGUCUUCCUGCCCUCGACGACAAGCCCAACUUGACCUACCUCAACGCCUUCAUCAUGGAGCUCCAGCGCAUCUCCGCCAUAACCCCGUACGGUUUAAUCCACGAAUGCAACCGGGACACGACUCUCGGCGGGUUUGCCGUACCCAAGGGGACGCAAGUCAUGCCCAACCUGGACUACAUCUUCCACGACCCGCGCGUGUGGGGAGACCCGGAGAGCUUCAGACCCGAGAGGUUUAUCGAUGAGCAGGGACGAGUUGUCUCCCCUGAGGAAUUCAUACCUUUUUCUGUGGGCAGACGCAGCUGUUUGGGGGAGUCCAUGGCUAAGAUGGAGUUGUUCCUCUUUCUUUCUGCGUUGUUUCAGAGAUUCCAGCUGCUGCCUGCCGACCCCAUGAAGCUGCCGACACUGCAGGGCGUGUUUGGGGCUGCCGUGGCACCGGAGACGUUUGAGAUCAGACUGGUGGAAAGAAAAUUCUAGCAUUGCCCAGCAGACUUCGUAUAGGAAGAGCUGACAGGUGUACAA